CACGAACCAACAAAUUAUUUCUUAAUAAAAUUUAUGUUUAACAUUAAUUCGCGUCAUUAUUUUGUUAAAUAAAAAAACCCUUUUGACCACACCCUUUCUCUAUAUAAACAUUUUUAGUCUCCUCCUCUCUCUCAUCAUACCACACGAUAUUCUCUCCCUCUCUUAUGAUUUAAAACGCUAAAGAAACCUAUCUACAUCGUAAUCUCUCUUCUUUCCAAACAAUGGCAGAAAAAGCAGCAUCAUCGCCAUUGAAACGCCAAAGAGAAGAAUAUGAACAAGAAACCGUGCUUCAAGAAGAUACAAAAAGACAAAAGCCUUCUUCAUCUUCUACCGUGUACAAUCAAGUACAAUGUCUCUUAUAUGAUGAAGAAGCAAAAAAUGAAUCAGAACAUGAUUUAGCUUCCCUAAUCACCUCACUUCAGCAAGAGAUCUCUACGGAAGAGGAAAACGCUGCCGUUUUUGCGAAUCCUGCUCUCUCUUCUUCGGCUUGCUCCUCCUCCUCUUCUUCGUGUGAUUCAAAGGAAGACGAGUAUGAAGGCGAGAAGGAGAAAGUUAUGAAGCAUCUUCUUGAAGCUUCCGACGACGAACUAGGGAUACCUAACACUGACUUUGGCGGGAGUCAUUAUGAGAUGAUUAAGAAUGAAACUAAUCAAGAUUACAUUGAUGAGUUUAGUUUAAUAGAUGAUGGGUUUGGUAAUGGGCUUUGGGAGCUUGAAGAUGAAGCUGCUAACUAUUACACGUUACUGCAGUCAGAACUGUUCAUGUAGAAGUUCAUAGGGGUAGAAUAGGGAAAUACGCAAGAAGAUGGGUAAAAAUGAAAAAGUAAAGACCAAAUAUGAUGAAGAAAAAAAUUGGAAUAUUUUAUGGAAUUAUUCCUUUUUAUUUCUGGGUUUCUUUUUUCAUGUGGCUUGAUAGGUGUUCUUUUUUAUUUGUUUUAGCUACUAUAUUUAUAUUUCUUUCUUGAAUUAGUUAUUAAAUUUCUAGUGGGACUACUGAUAAUGAUACUAUUUUGUUGUUUUGUCUUUAAA